AUGCACACUACUCACUUCCAUGCACACUACCCACCCCCAUGCACACUACACCCACCUCCAUGCACAUUACCCACCUCCAUGCACACUACCCACCCCCAUGCACACUACACCCACCUCCAUGCACACUACCCACCUCCAUGCACACUACCCACCCUCAUGCACACUACCCACCACCCCCAUGCACACUACAUCCACCUCCAUGCACAUUACCCACCCUCAUGCACACUACCCACCCCCAUGCACACUACACCCACCUCCAUGCACAUUACCCACCUCCAUGCACACUACCCACCCCAUGCACACUACACCCACCUCCAUGCACACUACCCACCCUCAUGCACACUACCCACCCCCAUGCACACUACACCCACCUCCAUGCACACUACCCACCCCUAUGCACACUACCCACCCCCAUGCACACUACCCACCCCUAUGCACACUACCCACCCCUAUGCACACUACCCACCCCUAUGCACACUACCCACUCCUAUGCACACUACCCACCCUCAUGCAUCAGCUUGA